UCUCGAAAAAAUUAUGAGCCGAAAAAUAUUCAGGUCAAUGUUUUGCCAUUAAAAUGACACUAAGGACUUAACCAUAUCGACAUCAAGAUGGUGCUUAAGACACUUGAGUUCAGUGACUGUCUGUCAGACAGUCCGUCUUUCAGAGAGAACCUCCACGCGCACGAGAAAGAGUUAGAAAAAACAAGCAAAUCCAUCAAGGGUCUAAUUUAUCACUGCAGAGAGGUUAUCAAUGCCACAAAAUCAUUAUCCAAGGCACAAAGAAAUUUGUCCCAAAAUCUUCAAGAUUUCCGCUGGGAGCAUAUUGGAGAGGAGCAGACUGAUGAUGAAAUCAUUAUUGCUCGAUCACUGAAGGAGUUUGGAAAGCUGAUAGCAACUGUUGAAGACGCCAGAGACAAUAUGCUUCAAACAUCAUGUGAGCAACUCAUCACUCCUCUGGAGAACUUCAGAAAGGAUCAGAUAGGUGGCGCUAAGGAGGGGAAGAAAAAAUUUGACAAACAGACAUCAAAAUUCUGUCAAUCUCUAGAACGCUACCUUAGUCUGAAGACAAAGACAAACGAUAAUGCCUUACAGGAGGCUGAUGCUGCCCUAGAGAUGGAAAGACGCCAUUUCUCUGAAGCAUCCAUGCAGUACGUCCUUCUUAUACAGGAAGUUCAUGAACGGAAAAAAUUUGAAUUUGUUGAAACCCUUCUCACAUUUAUAUACAGUUGGCUGACUUUCUACCACCAGGGGUAUGAGGUAGCCAAGGAAUUCAAGGAAAACAGAUUAACAGACCUACAGAUCAAAAUACAGAAGACUCGAGAGAACUUUGCCACAACACAUGUCGAGGCAGGUCAACUUAUGAAAAAAAUGCUGGAGGUGCGUGGAGCGAAGCAGGACCCUGCAAGUGUGGUCAAAGAGUUCACUAGACAGGGAUAUUUAUACAUGUUAGAAAAAAAGGCACUAGGGGUAGGCACCACAUGGACCAAGUACUACUGCCAGUAUCAGAAGGAUGGCAAAGUGCUGAAGAUGAUCCCCUUUAAUCAAACAUCUGGAACUAAAGUAGGUAACACAGAAGAAUACACUUUGACAUCGUGCACAAGGCGUGCAGCUGAUACAAUAGAAAAGAGGUUCUGUUUUGACAUCACGGUGGCGGAGAAACAGAACACAUCAUUCACACUCCAGGCAUUGUCUGAAGAUGACAGGAAACUAUGGCUCGACGCUAUGGAUGGCAAAGAGCCGAUUUACUUACAACCUCAAGUGGUACCCAAUGACAUUGUACUGGAUGAUAUUGGAUUCAGUUUCAUCCAAAAGUGCAUAGGAGCCAUUGAGUCCAGGGGACUGGAUGACCAAGGUCUAUACAGGGUAGUCGGGGUCAACUCUAAAGUUAGCAAACUUACUUCAAUGGGACUUGAUCGGAGGAAAAUUGACCGUAUCAAUCUAGAAGAUGACGAUGAAUGGGAGAUUAAAACUAUAACCAGUUCUCUAAAGGCCUACUUUAGGUCACUACCAGAGCCUCUAAUGUCGUAUAAACUACAUCAUAAGUUCAUUACUGCAGCAAAAAAAGAGAGUAAAACACUACGCAUUAAUGACAUUCAUGCUCUAGUCCACAAACUGCCCGAAUCUAACUUUGAAAUGCUUGACUGCCUUUGUGCCCAUCUGCAGAGAGUUGCAAGCAAUGCAGAGAUCAACCUAAUGACUGAGGCUAACCUGGGCGUGUGUUUUGGUCCAACCUUAAUGAGACCUGCUGAAGAAACUAUGGCCGCCAUUAUGGACAUCAAAUUUUGUAAUAUUGUUGUAGAAAUUAUGAUAGAAAAUUAUGAAAAGAUAUUUAAAACUCCACCAGAUGGUGCUGACAUCACUGAGGUCAAGGUCGCGACAUCAGGAACUCCAAAUAUGGACAUCCCUAAAAAUAAAAACCCUAUGACAUCAUCAACAUAUUCAACUGACUCGACGGGAACGUCACCACGAGAUUCCCAUUUUGUGCCAACCAAUCAGAACCAGAGUUACGCAGCCUACAGAGCGCGGUUGCGACCUACUGCAAUAUAUGAUCCAAGACCCCCAGGUGAUACAAAUAGUAGCAACAGCAGUAGUUCAGAGUCAUUGAAUUCAAAAGCAUCCAGUUCAACAGCAUUUGGUCAGACACCUUCCAUGAAUGCAACGCCAUCACAGAAACCAGCAACUUAUGCUAGUGUGGGCUCCCCUAGCCUGGAUAAGGCAAAGCAUACUACAACUGCCGUUGCUGCGGUGAGGCCUCAACGUCAAGAUACCUCGACGUCCUUAUAUGGAUCUUUGAGGAAGAGACAAUCGGCAGACUCUUUAGAUUCACGCGCCCUUAGUUCAUCCACUGGGAGUAUGUCAAGCCUAUCAGGAAGUGGAUCCACGCAACAGUUGCCAGGACGACGUACUGAAAUCCACCGCCAGAUGUCCCCCUCCCCACCCGUUUGUUUACUGAAUACUCGGAAAGUCCGUACUUUAUAUGCAUGUGAUGCAGAGAAUGAAUCGGAGCUGUCGUUUGAACCUAACCAGAUAAUAUACAAUGUAAAGCCGUCAAAGGAACCAGGGUGGCUAGAGGGCUGUCUGAACAAUAAAAGUGGACUCAUACCCGCAAAUUAUGUGGAAUUUUUAAACUAGUUUGAGGUAGUAACUAGUUCAAUAAAUCUAACAAAUGCAGUCAUGUACAGAACUCUCUGAGACACAUUUAGGAAACCAUGUCGAUUUGAAUACUGGGAAUAACAAAUCCAAACAGUUUAGCAGCCAAAUGGCUCUGCUUUUCCUAUAAAGAAUAAGUCAUUGUUUUUUCAGACAAUGAAUCCAUUGAUUUUUGAUUAAAAAUACUCUCAUUGGAUAAACAAGGUACAAGUAUAUUGAGUGUAUUACCAUUGGAUUAUUGUGGAAACUGCACUUAUUGGAUUACCAUUGAAAAUACAUUCAGUGGAUUACCAUUGAAAAACAGUCAUUGGAUUAAUACGGAAAAUAGAUUGGAUUACCGUUGAAAAUACAC